AUGCCACGCCUCGGUGAGACACGGCGUGUAUGCCGCUUCCGACUUCCCAGCAUUCCUCUGUCCAUGAAAACACAUGGGCGUGCGAUCGGCGUGUACGCGGCCGGCGCCGUCUUUGCGGCGGGAUGGUGGCUCUUCUUUGACGCGUGUGUGCGCUCGCACCAACUGCAUCAACCGCCGCCACCUGAUCAGACAUACGUCCCUCCGCCCGUCGCCAUCAAGUUGGAUGACUGGGCGCCAGGUAUCUCGGCGACGAUCGGUCUCAUCAUCGUUAACCUUAUUGAUAAGCAGCACUUGCUAGACGAGGCUGCAGGGAGUCUCACGGCGUGGGGUGAUGAUCCUGUGCUGUGGCGUACACGGAUGUGGCUUUUUGUCGGCUUUGCCUUCCUGGCUGGUGGUAUGGCCGGAAGCAUGGCUGUACUUAUCAUCAAGUACAUGGUCAACCCACACGCAGUGGGCUAUGUGGAAUUCGGCGUGGCUGGCGUUCUACAGAACGUGGCGAUUAUGGCGUGCGCUGUGAUGCUAUGGUUCAGCCAGCGCAGUGAGAGCGAAUACGAAUACAACCUCACUUUGUAG